CGUGUGUAGAGCCCCAGCUCCAUGGCAGACAGCCACUCGGGAUACAGCUUCCCAGCGCACGAGUGACCUUGCCAAUGCUUUCAUAUGCCACCUAGUCCGCACUGACGAUGCUAGCACGCUCAUUCACGCGGGCUCUCCUUCCACGGCCAACUGCGCGAUUGAGCUAUGCUGGCGCCUUGAAACAACGCAAUGCAUACCGCCGAAGCAAUCUCCUCCUCCUCCCGACCCUCCGAGUCUUUGCGACCAGCCCUCCUCACAGAAAACAAAGCCAUGGUCAACGGCCACCAGGCCCAACCCCAGAGGCUGUCGACAACGUGAAGCCAGACUCUUUGGAGAAGAAGCCGGAGUCUUUGGAGAAGAAGCCGGAGUCUUUGGAGAAGAAGCCGGCGACAGAGGCUACUAGGAAGGACCCGCUUCUGGCAGAGCAGGUUGUGUCAAACAAAGAGCAGCGUAAAGCAGACUGGGCAAUCAUGAAGGAAAUGUCUAGAUAUCUGUGGCCAAAGGAUAAUCUUGGGACGCGCUUUCGGGUGGGACUGUCUGUUGGGCUACUUGUCGGAGCAAAGAUUCUGAACGUUCAAGUACCAUUCUACUUCAAGAGUAUCGUAGACUCGAUGAACAUUGAUUUCGUUGCCAUAGGCGGGACUGCGUGGACAGUGGCUGGAUCCAUGAUUUUGGCGUAUGGUGUGACAAGAAUAGGGGCCACCCUUUUUCAGGAGGUACGAAAUGCGAUAUUCGCUAGUGUCGCACAGAAGGCUAUCCGCAAAGUUGCCUGCAGUGUCUUUGAGCAUCUGCUGCGGCUCGACCUGAACUUCCACCUAUCCCGCCAGACUGGCGGUCUGACUAGAGCUAUCGACCGCGGUACCAAGGGUAUCAGCUUUUUACUAAGCUCAAUGGUCUUUCAUAUUCUGCCUACCGCCCUCGAGAUCUCCUUGGUCUGCGGUAUCCUAACGUAUCAAUACGGCGCCAAAUUCGCUAUUAUAACUGGGACCACAAUGGCAGCGUACACGGCGUUCACGAUCCUCACCACAUCCUGGCGUACAAAGUUUAGAAAGCAGGCGAAUGCUGCGGACAACAAAGCUGCCACUGUUGCGGUGGACUCACUGAUUAACUAUGAAGCAGUGAAGUACUUCAAUAAUGAGAAAUAUGAAGUAGGCCGUUACGACAAAGCCCUCCAAUCUUACGAACAUGCUUCCAUCAAAGUAGCAACAUCGUUAGCUCUCCUCAACUCUGGACAGAACCUCAUUUUUUCGAGCGCUCUUACUGCCAUGAUGUUCUUAGCCGCAGAUGGUGUGGCUACCGGGUCCUUAACCGUGGGCGAUUUGGUCAUGGUGAACCAGCUUGUGUUUCAGCUUUCAGUGCCUUUGAACUUCUUAGGUUCAGUGUACCGUGAACUUCGCCAGAGUCUCCUGGAUAUGGAGACGCUUUUCAACCUGCAAAAGGUCAACGUGGCCGUCAAGGAACCGAAAGAUGUUAAACCUUUACUUCUCACUGGUGGUGAGAUUCGAUUUGAAAAUGUCAAAUUCGGCUAUCGACCAGACAGGCCGAUUUUGAAGAAUCUGAGUUUUACGAUACCGGCUGGGAAGAAAGUCGCCAUCGUUGGCCCAAGCGGUUGUGGAAAGUCGACCAUUUUGCGCCUUCUUUUCAGAUCGUACGAUGUCCAGGAAGGCCGAAUUCUAAUCGAUGGUCAAGACAUUCGCGAUGUUAGCCUCGAAAGCUUGAGGAAGGCAAUUGGUGUAGUGCCCCAGGACACUCCCCUCUUCAAUAACACGAUUGAACACAACAUAAAAUAUGGCAAUAUGGAAGCCAGUGCGGAAGAAGUUAGGGCUGCUGCAAAAAAGGCGCACAUACAUCAAAGCAUACAACAAUUCCCUGAUGGGUACGAUACCAUGGUCGGAGAAAGGGGGAUGAUGAUAUCAGGGGGCGAGAAGCAACGCCUAGCGGUUUCCCGACUGAUCCUCAAGGAUCCUCCCCUGCUUUUUUUUGACGAAGCUACUUCUGCCCUUGACACCUACACCGAACAGAAUCUCCUGGCGCAUAUCAAUAGCAUUCUCAAGGAAAAGAGCCGGACUUCGGUGUUCGUCGCCCACCGCUUGCGUACCAUUUAUGACAGCGAUCUCAUCAUAGUCCUCCAAUCCGGCGAAGUGGCCGAAAGUGGUACGCACGAGAAGCUAAUAGACCGUGCUGGAGUCUAUUCAGAACUAUGGAGUGCACAAGAGACGUCGCUUGAUAGCAGCAGUGACGAGACCAAUUAUUCAGGAGAGGGGUCUAGAUAGCAGUUGUAAUAACUAUAUCGCGAUCGAGAUAUUGAAGAAUAUAUGUCCACAUGUCUUAUUUUAGGAAUAAAAAUGCUCUUCAUGACGCUAGAACUGGGGCGCUACU